GCACCCAGUGUAUGUUCUGUUGGCGAGCCGGAGGAUUGCGGGGGAUCCCCAUUAGUAAUGAUAAAAAACGAUAAUAUUCUCGCUUGGCUUUGAGCAGUUGCAUUAUUAUUUGUACGUCUAUUAAACAAUUGAGUUAAAAGAGUUGUUGUUACAUACGUGUAAAUAGUACCGUGAGUUAUUGAACUUCAGAUUUGAGGACAUGGCUGACGAACAGGAGGAAGUCAGUAUAAAGGCAAGACUUUCAAAAUUACAUUGUCCGUUUACGUGGGAAAUAUUGGACAGCACCGUAAAGUACUCUACGAUACAUUCUAAAAGUGAUGAAAAUAUGGAUCCGGAUGAAACAUAUUAUCCUUUAGAACGGUUAUUAGUAGUUUUGUUUAAAUGUUAUCAAGCUGUAUCAAGUGCAGACAGUAUCGGAACACAAAAAAUUGAACAAGCUGGAGAAUUGUUAAUACAAAUUCAGCAAGAGAAGGAUUUUCAACAAAUUAUUAGAGCAAUUGAACAUGUGUUUUAUGGUACAAAAUGUUUCGUUUUAUACGAAACUGAUAACAUGGAUUAUCUAGAAGAAAUAUUAAAUAAUAUUAUUAAAGUUGAAGACUUCACUAACGUCGAAACCGGCGCCUUAUCUGGUUGUGAAAGUGUGAUAUGGUCUUGUCUAAAUGAUUUUGGCAUAGACAAAGCAAUUGAUGCUGCCAAAAAAGCAGUGGAGAAAAAUGAAGAUUGCGCAUUAUGGCACUAUAUUCUUGCGAAGAAUCUCAGACGUCAAAGGCGUUUAAUAAACGUCUCGUCUAACGUGUCAAAUAGUGAAAAAAAGCAUUUUGAAAUAGCAUACGCUAUGAGUAAUAAUCACAUAUUUGGAAUGUAUUAUUUGCAAAUGCGUAUUGAAUGUUUUCAUAGAUUCAGUAGAGCAAGCGAUUAUGUAAUGAAAAAAAAUGUUAAUGAAAAAGAGGUAAUGUGUUUAGCUAAAAAAAUUUUAAAGACAAAACCUACUAACAAGAAAGUACUAUUACGACUGGCUCUUAUGUUUCUGCGUGCAACUUCGGAUGAGAGAGUAUCAGCAAAAGAGUGCCUUGAUGCUCUAAAAGAAAUGGUGCCAAAUAAUCCCACGUAUUUGCAUUAUACUGCGAUGUUAUACGAGCAAUGCGGAGAUUAUAAAGAAGCUCUGCAGUAUUUCAAGAAAGCUGCUGAAUGUAAUAACUUCGUGGCAGAGCUUUCUUAUAUACAAUAUGGUUGGGAAGUGGGAGAACUGGAACCAAUUCCGCAUCUUUUACGAAUGUUAAAAAAAUACGAGCAGUCGAUUAAAGAUCGACAAAUAACUGUACUAUUAGCGAUUGCGGUAGCAUAUUAUUCGCUACAUAAAGAUAUACCAAAUUCUUCGGAAUUUUUUUUAAAAGCUCUUUCCGUGGAUCCAUUAAGCAAAAAGUUCGAGGUUUAUUAUAAGUGCUUCGACUUUAAAUCCUUGAGUAUUUCAUCGUUUUUAAAUAAUGAGUUUUGUCCUCUUCUGGAGAAAAAAUAUUCAAGAACACUUAAAAAAACGUGUGAGGAAAUAAAAAAGCUUCUGCAUGUAAAGGAUGUAAAUAAUUUAUUGGGAGAAUUGUGUAACUUAUCUGUAGAUAUCACAGAAAAAGAUUCUAACUUAAACAUUAAUUAGAAUUACAGAAAUGUUUUUAAGAAGUUAUUGCUAUUUAAAACGUUUUAAUUUCAUAUUUUGUGACAUAUUGUUUUAAAUAUUUUUAUUCUUUAUUUUAUUUCAUAUUAAUUUUAUACCAGUUAUCUAAUUAAUUUAAAAUACAAAUAGAUUACAACUUGUGUAUAUCAACCCAAUGAAUAAUAAACAAUAUUUAUAAAAGUUGA